AAUCAGGGUGACACAAUGGGGAAAGAAUGCCUGCACCCGGCUGCUGACACCACACAGCACAUGACCUGCAGGAGGAGGGCACUUACACCAGGCAGCAGGGGAAGAGGAAGCUGCACUGUGCGACUGCAGACAGCGUGGUGGAGUGUAGUGAUGGCACCAAUAAAUGGAAUUUGCAAGAUGGAAGAGGUCCUGAUUAAGUGUGUUGUGGGGGAAAUUCUGGUGUCUGGCUGUAAAGAGGGAAUACAUGAGAUCAAAUUGCAAAAUACUGCUGUCCUUGAACCAAGGGCUAAGGAGGACUCCGCAACCUUCAAGGUAUGCGAGGGCCCUCAGGAAAUGAUCCCAUCGCUGAAGCAGUGCACAAGCUGGCUGCAAGCCUACUUCUGCGAGCCCUGGAUGAUAGAGAAACUCCCCAUCCCAGCUUUCCACCAUCCGCUCUUUGACAAAGACUCAUUCAACAAAACCGUUCUGUUGGCGCUGAUGAAGGACGUAAAGAUGGGACAAACAGUUACCUAUAAAGAGUUGGCUGAAGCCGUCGGAAAUGUGAAUGCGGCCAGGGCUGUGGGAGGAGCCAUGAGAAGUAAUCCGGUGCCACUUAUCAUACCAUGCCACCGGGUGAUUUGCAGCGACGGAAACAUCGGAAACUACAGCGGCGGGAAGAAAAACGAUGUGAAACGCUGGCUUCUGGCCCACGAGAAGCAUGUAAAAGACAUGUGAAUAUGGUUUAGUACGCUUCACCCAGAGCUGUACCGCUGCCAAAGCAUAUUACCCAGCACUCUCCGCCAUAAGCUUUCAAAUGACGCCGUAGAAUUCAGGAAAAUUGUAAAUAUUUGAGAGACAUAUAAAUAUAAUAAAACAUCCGAUGUGAAAUGUGCAGUGGCAACUACUAUAUUAUAAAGGCUGGAUGUGUCCUGGGGGAUGCAGCUUGCUGUGCCUUGUCUUGUUUUUACAUUUUACAGCAGAAUGAGUACAGCAGACAGCGCCUGUUAGGCUUGUAUUUUGUACACAUCUCCAGUCCUGUUUUGUUCUAUUUUUAAUGCCCAUUAAAGCAUGGAAAAGAAAGGGAGGGGCGUGGCAAAUCAGAGGUUCAACUGCCCCUGCAAGGAAGCAUCUGUCUUAUAGAGGGGGACAGCCGGCACAGUUAUAGCAUAGCGUGCAACUCAAAGCAAAAUAAUAUGUCGCACACACACACACCUCCCUAUCCCCUGCCCAGCUUUGUAUUCAUCCAAACGCAGAUCCUGUACCCCUGCCAACACUGGUGCCCAGCAUUCCCACCUAAUCUUUUGAUGUUUCGUUUUUUUGGAACAAUGUUUCACGUAUGUCGCUGUCACACGCGCAGAAAAAUAUAUAUAUAUAAAAAAAAAAAGAGAGAGACAUCAUUUUAAAGGAAAUCGCUAUUGUGGUGUUUGUUUAUGUCGUUUUUUUUUUACCUUUCAGAUCUCUAGGAGUUGUUGAAAGAUACCGAUAACAGUUUUUCUGGCUUCCUUUCAUAGAUUUCUGUGUUUCCUUGCCAAUAAAAAUAAAUUCAUAUACAGUAGUGAUUUCAGUUAAGAAAAAAAAAAAAGUUAAUUGUAAACAUACAGCUUCUGCAUUUUCAACAAUAAAGUUCACGGUUUGUCAUCUUU